GAUAAUAAUAUUAAUAAUAUUAAUAACAAUAGCAACAGUAAUAUUACUAAUAAUAAUAAUAACAACAAAACCAACAACAACAACAGCAGCAACAGCAGCAGCGGCAGCAACAGCGGCAGCAACAAUAGCGAAAAAGAUAUUAAUCGUAACAAUUGUAGAAAUAACGAAAAUAAUAAUAAUACGGGAUCAGUAUUAAGGUUGAAAUUUUUUACCUUAUAUAACGUUGAAGACGAUGGUGCGGGUGCUGAGGGUGGCAACGGUCGAGGCGAGGGCCAAGUUAUAAACAACAAUAAAAUCAAGAAAAGUAUAAAAAAGCCUAAAAAAGCGAAAGGGAAAAGGAAUCCGAGUUCGAAGAGGAAAAAAUCAAAGAAAAAGGAGGAGAAGGAGUUUGUUGAGGUGGAUAACGAGGAGGAGGAGAAGAAGGACGAGGCUCAGGUUCCUCAGGUUAGGAGGGGGUCCGAUGCAGAGCGAAAUUUAAAAACUUCAAAACGAUUCGGUAGUAACAACAAUAACAAUAACACUAGAAUCUUCGAAGAAUUAUUUAGGACCUGGAGGUUCCGCCAGCUGGUCUUCUUGCUCUACCUUCUCGCCCUGCUCGUACAGCUGCCUACCGUUAUAUGCGCGACGAAGGCGGGCGCCCCUUCAACCGGGGAUCGGGGGUCCUUCGCCGGGAAUAAUUACAACAACAAACAUCCGUUGAACAGCUCCUCUUUCAACGAUAACAAUUACAACAACAAACUGAUCUCGUCGUCGUCGCAGCGAAUCGGUCCGAUAAACUCCUCGGAGAACGAUUCGCCGGGUGAGAACAAGGGCGCGAACAAGGACAAGGACAAGGACGAGGUGAAGGACAGGGAACGGGGUCACCCGUACAAGGAGUAUUCCUGGGAGGUGAACCAAAUAAACCCUUGGCUUUCGGCAUGCGAUCUGGCGGGUCCAGCGCCGGCCGAUCUUCAGGGGAGUUGCGGGCCCCCCGAGACACCGAAGAAUUGUCCCGAAGCUUGCGGCAACGGUAGGCAGACGAGAACCAAGGACAACGGCAGGCGUACCGAUCGCGAUCAUUUCUUCGCCGUGGUCAGCCAAGCAGCCGGCGAUCACGACGACGACGACGACGACGACGACGACGAGGUAACGACGAAUAACGCGAAUUCGAACGCGGAGAAGGGAGAUAAAUUCGAGUCGAGAUUUUACCGGUCAGACUUUGGCGGCGAUAACGAUUUCGUCCAAGGAUCCGAAUCCGGAGGAGGGUCGCGGGCGGCGCCCGAACAGUGCCUUUAUUACCUCGAGGAGUCGCACAAAAAUGACAUAUGUCGCAACGGUUUCGGCAACGACAGUUCGAAGAAAUUUUCAACGGUCAGGGAGAAUCGUUACAGAUAUUUGAAGGGGCUGCGCUUGAGACAUUGUUGCGAACACGCCGCGUUGAACGCCCUGGCACCCGGCGAAGGAGGACCCCUCGAGGAAGUACUCGGUGGUAACGAAGGGUGCAGAUUAGCUAUCGGAAAAUUACUGGCCGUCGACGCACUCGCCGCUAGAUUACACUGCGAAUUCGGCGAAGUACUCGCCAGAUACGAUUGCGGACAACCCUACUCCGUCAUAUACAACUGCUCACACUGCAAGGAGGCGUAUAGAAGAUGGGUGUGCAGCUCUCUGGUGCCUUACUUUGCUCACGAUGAUCCCGCGCCGCGCAACAAUAACGAGGGAUUGUCGAUAGUACCCGAUAAUCCCAGUAUGGGAACUGGAAUGCGGAUACGACCGUGUCGAUCCUUUUGCCAAUCGGUUGAGCAACGCUGCCCCUAUUUACUCCCGGGGGAUCGGGCCCCGGCCUAUCCGACGCAAUACGCCGGCGAGCCGACCUUCCUGUGCAGAGAUCCGAACAUACCCGAGACCGGUGAGCAGGCCUCGCGUGCUCUGCACGCCGACGAGGGAUGUUGUUUCCACGUGUGUUCGGACGACGAUCCCGGUCUUGGGGUAUGCGCAAAUUGCAACGAACCACAUGUAGAAAUUUCAAUUCGCGGUGGCGACGAACGGAGGGAUCCGUCGACCGCGCCGCACUGCGAACUCAACCCAUCGUCUUCGGGUCACCUUCACCACCAGGUUUCGCCAGGAAGCGACAAGGGCGCGUCGUCCCAGGAUUUGACUUGGAGAAAAACGAUGCAGGGGGAAUAUCCCCCCGUCGGUUCAUCGGACGUCGGAUCGAACCCUGGGGGUGACCGAAACCCGGGUGACGCUUCGAGUUCCAUUUCCAGCGGUAGCUCCUCCUCUUCGUCCUCCUCGUCCUCGUCCUCGUCGUCGUCGUCGUCGUCGUCGUCGUCUUCUGUGCCGGCUUCGAGUUCUUCCGGCACAUCGGCCGCAACGACGACAUCGUCAUCGUCAUCGUCAUCGGGUGCGUCAUUUUGCGGCAGCGGUGGUGUCGGCUCCAUGUUCUCGUCGGCCGCAUCACCGUCGACGCGCGUAUCAACCCCGAUUCAUAUAAUAAUACCGAUAAUAAUAAUAACGUGCGUGUUUAGUGCAUGGGGUGCUCUUAUAGGUUUGUGUUGCACGAUUAAAUUUCUAAUACCAACGUCGUCGUUGUGCCGUAAAACCGCGUCGACGGAUAAGGUCCAGGGCGCAAAGACUCGUCGUCGUUCUUGCGAAAUCGCCAACAAUAAUACCGAUAACAAUUGUCCGCCACCGUCAUUUUCAUCACGCGCGUUAUCGGCAUCCUCGCCAGCAGCGGUAGUAGCAGCGAAAUUAUUAUCUAUUUCUUUGGAAGUGAUAAGAGACGUUAAUUAUUACGUUCGUUAUAAUAAUCGUAGAUUAAGCUGUUGCGUUUUCGUCGCAACGCGGAAUAUUCGAAAAUAUCGUUCACCGCUUCUAAAACGAACGGCAACACAGAGAGCGAGAGAAAAGGCAACGCCAGUGGCGGUAGAAUCAUUGUACACAAUAUUAUUAACGAUACUCAAAAUUACGAUAACAAUAACAAUGCAGAGGUUACACAACUUCUCAGCGAUCAUCGUAACGUUAUUUUUAUUAAUUCUAUCGAAAAUAUUAGAAAUCUGUGACACUUAUUCGAUAACUCGUCUCGACAACAGCUACCGUAACGAUGAAUUAUCGAAUAAUCUUUAUAGCUGGUUAUAUCGUAAUAAUAACAGAGUGAAAAAGAAAAACGAUUACACGGACAAAAACGACAUAUAUUUCUCGUAUCUCAUAAUCAGCAAUAACAACAACAACAACAACAACAACAAAAAAAACAAAAACAACAACAACAGUGGUAGUAGUAUCGGGAUCAGGUGUCCUCCCUCUGUCCUCCUCUUUCACUUUGAUUUCAAUAACCGUAGAACAAGUUACGAUUGUCAGAGUUUGCCGAUUGUCAAGAUUGUGAUUAUUGUUAUUAUUAUUAUUAUUAUUGUCAUUAUGAUUAUUAUUAGUACUGUUAUCAUAUUCAUCGUUGUUAAUGUUAUUUUUUUGAUAGUUACUAAUUAUAAAAUCCAACCCCGUCGUAGUCGUAGACGUCGUUGUCGUUAUCGAUAUCGCGAUCAUCGUUCACCGGGCCGUAAACGUAGACGUAAAAAGAAACACAGACGAUGAUUGUCAUUAAUCGUUAGUAUCGUCAUUAUCAUUUUAGCUGCUAUAUACCUACGUCCUCGUAUUAUAUUAUAUAGGUAUAUCGGUAUAUACAUAUAUGUCUUAUAAUAAAUAUACUGCAUAUAUAUGUAUAUAUAAUUGUUUGCAGCAGUAGCCUUAAAAACGACGUGCACCCAAUUAAUAUUGUAUUGUUAUUGUUAUAAUUGUUAUUGUUGUUGUUUUUUUGUUCUCGUUUUUCUUUAUUUUCGUUUUAUUUUUAUCAUCGGUGAGAUGAUCAUUUACGAUGUUCGAAGAAAAACAAAAUUUAAAUUACGAAUUGAUAAAUCACCCAAACGAAUCCAAACACACGUCGUACUCGAGUAUACAUAGUGACGAAUAAAUAUGAUUAAAAACUAACGGCGAUGAUAACAACCGUAAUUAUAAUAAUAACGACAACAAUACGAACAACGGCAACAAAAUUGAUCGAUUGCGAUCGAUCGACGAACGAAGCGGAAAUAAUAAGCCGACGUCAAAUUAUGAACAUCGUAAGGAUGGAUGAAUGGUUGAAUAAUUAUGAUAAUAAUUACAAUAAUAAUAUUUAUUAUCAUGGUCGAGAUGAUGAUGAAUAACGUGUAAAAAAAAAAAAAAAACAUAAAAAUAAAAUAUAAAUAUUAAAUAAUAGUGAUAGUAAUAUGUAACGAAUAAUACGAUAUUAUUGUACUAUACAUAAUUAUAUACAUGUAUGUGGUACGUACAUGUCUAUGAAUUUAUACGAUAAUAACACGGUGUAACUGCAAAUAACGAAGAUGGAAAAGAGAAAUUUUUAAACAAUAACAAAAGAAAGAAAAAUAAAUUAAUAAAAGAGAAAAAUAAUAUAUGUGAUCGCUGUAAGUGUCGCGCGCGCGGAGUGAUUCAAGUGCGAAAGGGUUGUAGAUGCAGUUUUUUUUUUUUUUUUUUUUUUCUCUCUUCCGUUACAGAACCGCAACACCGAUAACAACGACACGAUGUACGACGUGUCUUUCGUGUUCUCGAUCUUUCCGGAUAAACGAUUGACGAAGAUUCGCGGUAGGAAAUCAUCGCCGAGUAUCAACUUCUUCGUCUUCGUCAUCGGCAUAUUUUUUUCCUCGUCCGUGUCACGACGACGUGUUAUCGGUACCGGAUACGAGGAGCGAUUUCAUGUAUAAAUUAUUGCACACCUGCAGCACCUGGAUUACGCCAUAUUUAUAGCAUAUUCUAGUGCUAACUUCGAACGGAGUGGAUUUCGAAAGAGAACAAAAUUAAGGAAUCGUAAAUCAAAGAAAUCAAACGUUACGACUGUGCGAUUAACGGACGAUUGGAAUAAUGAGAAAAAAAGCAACAACGUCGACAGCUCGAAGCUUAAUAAUUUGUACGUACAUAUAUAUAUAGUAAUAUUGACAUCGUAAUUAAGUUUUAUUUUUCUUAUUUUCAUCAAUAUUAUAUCGUUGAAUAAUGUAAUAGAUUAUAAAAAUAGAGAGUUGAUGAAAGAAUGAUGUGAAAUUCCGGUGUGACGUAUACAUGAACUGUUAUUAUAGCAUAGCAUAAUAAAAAUGGCACUGCACGGCCGGAAAUUGA